UGGCGAAUAGGUGAAUAUUUCUGACCAAAGUGAAACGUAUAGUGCAAUAAUUCCGUAUUGUGAUGAAACAGUGGGUUAUUUUGAUUGCCAUAGUGGCAGCGGUGCGCUCGGUGCCCUUAGUGUCGAAACAUUUCUUCCACGAAACAGGUGUUGCGGAAUAUGUUUUCCGAUAUAAUCUAAAUGUUAUGAGCGGUGUAAAGAACGUGGAUAUCGACUCGUGGUAUAAUCUCACUUCUGAAGUGCAUAUUAGACCAGAUCCUACUGGAAAUGGAACCUACAUCUACCUAACUGAUGUCAGGACUAUUGCCUUCACCGGACCUACGAAUAAAACGGUAGAACAAGUUUUUCACAUACCAGUGUUAAAAGUUUGGUCUGUGAUAACAUUGCCGUUUUAUGUAACCUAUGACAGCAAUGGGAUGGUUCAUAACAUAUUCACAACCUCAGGAGAUGAAGAAUGGAGUGUCAAUAUUAAAAAAGGCAUCGCCACCGUACUUCAGCUACCUGUUAAUUAUAUCUCCGGUCGAAAGUAUGAUAAACCAUUCGUAUUCACCGUAGAUGAAGAAACAGUGCACGGAAAUAUGAAUGUUUCUUAUAAAGUGCAAACAGACACCAGUGGAAUUUCCGUUUUAAAAACUCCCGACCAUAUCACAUACAAGCAUAUGCCUUACGAUGUAUUCAGCAAUAUUGAAACGGGAAAUUCAUUCGGUGGACAGAGUGUUUGGAAUGUUAGCUAUUCUUGGGGAAAAUAUUGGCUAUUAUACGACAAAGACGAAAUCAAGAUGCAAGAGGUUCACACAUCUAGCGUGUAUUCUAUCCAGCAAUCCAUGUCGGCGGAACAAGUACAUUUCAUUACCACAACGCAGCACUUUAACCUUAUUGAUACCAAAACUAUUGAAUCCAUAGACGUGAUGGAUUUCUCAAAAAUUGCAAUUAUCAAUCCAGUUGCGUAUGUUGCUUCAAAAGUCAUCUCUACUAGCAGUUUCCCGUGCCUCUCUGUGGUCCCGCACGUCGUGGACAUGACACUGGUUGGUCCGAAAGUGCAAGCAAUGCUUUACGAAGCCGUUGAAUAUCUUAACGAGAAUCCCAUCACGAAUGUGGAACCAGACACAACACGCGGUCUCGUAGUUAGCGGAAUAAUUGAGAUUCUUAAACCGUUCGCAGUUGAGGAUUAUUUAAAACUCUUUACGUUACUCACCAAAACAACCACCCCUAGAGACGUAGCGGCAGUUGAUGUAUUUUUCAAGGUACUUCCAUUGGUGGGCACUAAACAUUCAGUUGUCUUCAUCAGAGAUUUAGUAAAAAGUCACAAAGUCAAAGAUAUGGUGUCAACAAUGAUGCUGUUUUCAUUGGGGCUAAACGUUCGCGUGCCUACCAAGGAGUUGCUACAGGAAGUGGAAGAGUUCUAUCACUUUGAAGAUGAAGUGAAACCGGAUGUUUCUCACGCCGCUGUACUUACAUUCGGUUAUUUGGUGUACAAAACCUUCGAGCAUGACACUCACUCACCUGUCUUGCAGCAAUACGUGAAGGUAUACUAUAACAAACUGAAGGAAGCGAAAACCUAUGAAGAACAGCUCUUGUGGUUACAUGGGCUGAAAAACAUCGAGGUGGGGACAGUUUUCGAAUUAAUUAAACCAAUUGUAAAUGGUGAGCAAGUCCUGAACCUACCGUACGAUCGACAUCUGCGGCUUCAUGCCAUUUACUCAUUGGAGAAGAUUCUGCAUCACGACUAUGAUUUGCUGUACGAAACCGUUUAUCCAGUUUUUGUUGACGAAUACCUACCAAGCGAAAUACGAAUCGCUGCCUUGAAAGUAUUGCUCUGUACGCAAGAUGUCAGGUAUUUCACCAGGCUUGUGACUGUUUUACAAGCGGAUAAGGAUAUCCAGUUGCAUGCAUUCUUUGUCACAACCUUGCAACAUAUGGCUAAAUCAAGUAUUAACUACAGUGCAGAGUUUUGGCAGUAUUUGAAGCAAACUCUCGAACUUUUCGAACAACCUGAUCAAUCUGUUGAAACACAAGCAUUUUACUACGACUACUUCGAUGAAAAGCACUCUUUCGGAGCAUCCGUGUACGGAAAUUUAGUGGCAGGUGUGAAAACUAACAAGGUGAACCAAUUCUAUAUUAGCUUCAAUCCGGUUGUAAUGGAUCAUACCGUUGAACUGUACUCGGUGUUUGUCAAAUUCGAAGGCAUCGAUAAUCCAUUGACAAUGCUGUGGCCGAAACUGUUCAACGUGGAACCAAGAACUGUGAAAGAACCAAUCAUCAAACAGUACGGCAAAGAACCAGUUCAUGUAGAACUCACCCUUAUAGCCAAUGGAAAAGUAGUCUACGUUAAAUAUUUCAACGAGGAAACCAUCGAACAGUUCUACAAGUACACUUACCUAACGCUACUCACAACAAUGAAGUAUCAAUUUACAAGCAUUCUAAACGUAGCCGACCUUGAAGUAUUCUCAUCUACGCUGAAUGGUAUUCCGACCAUGGUCGAUGUAAAACUCCCUCUUGUAUCCCAGCUAAAAUAUGAUGUCGUAGGACCAACGAACAAGAGCCCACAGGAAGUGGCCUUCUCGAUUCACAGCUCAUUCCGUUUGUGGAUGCAUGGAUUCUACGGUGUUUCAGUAUACAAUCCCUUCGACGUCAUGUGGCAUGGAACACGCCGGGUGCACUCGUUUGACAUCAACAUUCCCAUCAAUUUUGAUGUUGCCUUUAAUUUCCAACAAAAUUCGCUCAAAAUCGUGUGGACGAAGAGUACCAAUGAAGCACAAAACACUGUCGGAUUCAAGACACAUGUUAAAACCUUGAUUUAUGCCAAACCCUACUUAGAGGUUGACUUCCUAGCUGGAACUUCACCGUAUGCUUAUACAACUUUCCUAUCGCCAGUGCACAAAAAGAAAGAUGUUGUACUUUACGAGAGUCACUCGAAGUAUACUGGACUGCACUUCUAUCUGUCGACCUAUGACAUUGCAGUGUUACCACAUAAAAAGCCCGUAAAAUCGUUAUCUGGCCUUCUACUCAGUGAUGUUUUCCAUGAAAUUUCUUCCGUUCCAUUCUUUAAAUUUGUGUUAUCUUACUACACUUGGUUCUACACUCACUUCUUUCCGGUUCAGUACUCCGCCUACGGAGUUGUAGGCUAUAUCAAUCCAUGCAAGUUGUAUCCAAUGGACAAAGUAGAACUUACCUUUAAGACCAACACCGAAGAAAUUUCCUACGCGCUUUGGACAACUCCCAAUUAUCAGCACUACGUUAAGAUGUCCGCCAUAUUCAGAAACAAUAUCGGUACCGUUAUAAACCAUUGGGACGUUAACGUACAAUUUACCCACGAGCUUGGUCUUUUCUUCAAGAAGUUCGACAUUCAAAUCACUCGAAAAACUCCUGAAGAGCGAAACAUGAAUAUCUGCCUAGAUUGGGUAAAGAACCUGAAAUCUGAUACAGUUGACGGUACGUUGACCUAUUUCCAUGGCAAUUCUGACGACCACAAGUGCGUUAAGGACAAUAUGGUCAUUUCGGUCAGCUGGACCGGAAGCUAUUCUGAUAUUCAAAAGAAUAUGACGGGACGGACAGGCAACUCGUACAAAGAAUGCUCUCUAGUGAAUACGAAGCUUCCUCUCACGUAUGAAUGCACCAAAGCGUACACAUCGGUUCGCAAGUAUAUGUACAAUGUAGACUAUCAACACGUCCUCUCGGUAUACGAACAGUUGCUGAGUCCAGUUUGGUUUUGGAUACAACAAGUUUUCCCCGUUUAUUACGACGUUGAGCCACAUCACCAUAUUCCAAAUGGUAAAUACAUUGUAGAUGUAGAAUAUCCACUACAGUGGGAAGAACAUCCAAUCGUAGACAUAGUUGUGACAUCGCCAUCAGAAAGCUAUGUAUUCGAGCACGUGCCGUACUACGACUGGAUCUGGUGGCUCCAGCCGGAUAGCACUGUGUUCACAAGAUACUUCGAUUUGAUGAAAUCCGUCGGGUGCGUUACCGAAUGUAUCGUAACCCCGGCGGUUAGCGUUACCAAUAAUCAUUAUGUGUUCGGUAAGACACCAGUAUACAACGAAUGGACUAUGUAUGCUGCAAAUCAUCCGACCAGCUACAAGUGGGCUGUGUUCGUAAAGAAGAUGGAGAAUAAUCAUUUCGCCCUGAAAGUGCUACUGAAUGGGUACGCUAUCGUCGUCCAAGCCGUGUGGGACAAAUCCGCUACAUUCGGCAAACCGACCGAUUACAUCUUUACCGUCGACAAUCAUAUUAUGGACGUAAUGAUGAGUGAUGUUGGCCACGAAAUGUAUUCACUCCAGUACUUCUUGCUGAACCACACAGUAGUUUUCGUUGUACCGAAUGUGUCCCUGUACGUAGUUUAUAACGGAGUUGAGGUGAUCGUUGAAACAGUGAAGUCCGAUACAGUUACCCAUUAUGGUGAGUGCAACGUGUAAUGGAUAUGCAAUCACCCAAAAAUUAACAGUGUUUAGUGCAUUUUGCAUUAUGUUGUUUAAAAUCAUUUUGAAAUAAAUACAAAAGUUAUUACAUUGAA